AUCAUCUCUCAGUCAGUCAGUACGGAAGCAGAAGCGGUAACGGUCGGAUGGCGUUGUCGCGCGCUUACCAAGGCGGUUGAGAAAUACGAACUAGUAUUUCUCUGGAACGGAUGGAAUAAGUCCGUCUCCUUAGAUUUCGAUGUACAGACUCAAGCUGGCAUUAUAAGCAGACUCUCACAGACAUUUGGAAUAUGAAUUCCCAGAGAAAUGUGAACAUUAUGUGCCACCCUUGAAUCAACUUGACAUUUCCUCUCAUAUGAAUUUAGAAAGGAAUAGGGGUGAAGCUUUUGAGUGCUUUCUUAUGCCUAGAAAGUCCAUUUAGCUCACGAGAGAAUGUCUUCGACGGAUUACGACGAGUAGAGAAGAAAAGGACUACUUUAGAUAGUAUACACAGUUCACGUAUAUUACUCUUUAAGUUAAUUAUGAAAUAGACUCUGAAAGGAAGACUCCUUUCAACCGAGUAAGGACUCUGGAACUCUGGAAAACGUUUCUUCCCUCUAUCAAGAGAAGGAGAGGAUUCGGUCAACGGAACAUCCACGGUUCGCGAUCGUCUUCUUAUUCAAUCGGCUCUCGAGAUGGAAUGGCGACUUAGUGCCAUCGGGAGCGGUCGCGCCUCUUGGGCCGCCACUGAGUUGAGGGCCCGGGGUGAACACAAGCUGCCCAAUUUGGACUCUGGGCAGAAUUCGCUUGAAUACUGGGACUACUCUGUUGAACUCGAGAUGCUCAAGGGACCAGAAGACCUGCAGUUGGCUGCCGAGUUGGGGAAGACACUACUGGAGCGGAAUCGGGAACUGGAGUCGAACCUCAAGCAGCAACAGGCUGUCAUCGAGGAUCAGCUUCAAGAAAUUGAGUACUUGAGCAAGCAGACAGCGGCGCUGAGAGAGGUCAACGACUCCAGGCUACGCAUCUACGAGCAGCUGGAAAUAUCAAUUCAGGAGCUGGAAAAGAACAACCAGAGGCUCUCUGCAGAAGGAGCUGCUGACAAGAGGAAAAUCAAAGGUUUAUGCGGUAACAUCGAAUCUUUAGAAGCCCGUUGCGAUGAACUUCAGAAGAAUUUGGAGGAGGCUCGGGCAGGAGCCCAGCAGUUACGAGGAAGAAAUAAAAGAAGAUCAAUUAUCCUGGAAGAACAGAGCUUCCGUCGCUCUCACUCGUGCGAGAAUACCACACAGGAUGAGGAGGGUGAGGUGGAGAAGGAGGAGGGGGAGGAGAAGGAAAAGAAUGGGGAAGUGUUGAAGGAGAAUAAGUGUGGCUGCCAGACCUCGGAGGAUAGAGCAACGGAAGAACUCGAAACCAGGGCUAAGAUUGAGGAACUUCAGGAACGCUUAAAGGAAUCCCAGAAUGAGAGAGUGGGAGAAGUGUGCAGAAGGGAAGAGCUGGAGAUACAGUUGGCAUGUAUGGUUCAGGAAAAUGCCGUCCUUCAAGACCAGCUGACAGUUUUGCGAGAAAAGGAAGUAACCCUGAGGACAUUUGAUGAAGAACUGGCUUCAUUAGAUGAUGCUUCAUCAGGCAGGCUAUGUCGGAAGUGCCUUGGUCAUGUAGAUGAUUCCGCAAGUAAUUCCGGCCUGUAUGAUCUUCAUGAUAGCAUUGAGGAUACUGAUGCAUCUAUUGAGAGCAUCCAUGGAGAAUGUGCCCUUGUCAAACUCAAGAAUGGAGGCUAUGCAUGGGGUUCUCAGCUCUCGCAGGAGUCCCCAGCCACACCCAAGAGCCCUACAGAGAAAUUGUCCAGACUAACUCCUCCCAGGGCUCGGUCCCACAACAGCAACCACAGCAAAAAGGAAGACCCUCAAUUCAGUUGCUCAAGUUCUGAAAAUUGCGAAUCUCUUGCUUCAAUUGGUCAAGUAGUCAGCCAUGUGGGAUCAGGGGGUACCUCUCCAGGGACUGAAGUGAGUGACGCUCCUCAUAAUUCUCUUCUGUCAGAACUUGAUACAUCAUAUCGCAUCCUCAUUGAGAAAUAUGAAGCUUUGUUGGAGGCUAGAGAACAACAGCAACAAGCUUCUCAACAUGCAACAUUAAAUCAUGGAGAACUGGUUCAUCCAGGGGUUGAUGAUAUGUCAGGGCCUAUGAGCCUAGUGAUGACAGAUGGUGUUAUGAAUAACCAAACUAGCUUGAAAUGUCAGCGCUGCCACACAUGCACUUGUGAUCUUAAACCUAAUGUUGCAAGACCAAAAAGCAACAUGGAGGAAUUUUCUGAGGUAGAAACGUCCUCAUCUGGUUUUUCAGAUGGAGAGUCUCGUAUUAGUAAUAAAGCAACGCAGACUGGAGACGAAUUGAUUUGUCGAGAGAUUUUUGAGGAUUCUACUCCAACACCAACAGUUUCAAGCAGAUGUUUAGAUUUAAGUUCCCCAAUAAACCCUUGUGAUAAGAGGUUCCAGGCAGCUCCAGAGUAUAAGAAACUUUUCCAAGAAAUAUUUUCUGUUUUAAAGAAAACUGUGGAUGAAAAAGAUUGCCAGAAUCAAUCUUCAAAAUCUGGUAAAACUCCUCAGUCAACAGAAGCAGCACCACCUGUUUUGGUUGAGAUAUCUCAAAUUACUGUUCCUGAACAAGAAAAUGAUUCCAAAGUUGCUAAAGAAGAAUCAAACCCCUCACCAUCAGAAAAUGAUAAGAUGCAGAAGGUUAAUGAAAUAAACAAAGUUGAAUCCUAUUCUGAAAAUAUUGCUACUGAGCUCGUGUUAUCUGCAGAUAACUUGCUUCAUUCAAAGCAGACAUUAAUAACAGAUGAAGGAAAUGAUUCUAAGUCAAAAUUUAUUGAAGGUUCUGAAGAACAACGCAUAACUCAUAAGCCACCAAGGCCAGAUUCACUGGAUUUAGGGGGAAAUGGUUCACGGUCUUCAAGCAGGCAAAAGCGAAGGAGGCGUCACCAUCAUCGUGUGCGACUAGACUCUCUGCAACAGCAGCAACAGCUUCAGGGUCAAUAUCAGUAUACACAUGGCACCCAAAUUGCCAACCAUAUUCAAGGACAGUCAAGCCACAAAUUCAUUAAGAGGGACAGAGAUCAUUAUCAUGCACAUCACAAUCCAAGACAGCAAGCAGAGGAUUUCCCAAAUCUUCAAUCAGAAGGUGAAUACAGCAGAACACGCAUUGUAUACAAUUCUUCGCGAGGAAAGUGUGAGCAUCAUAGUAGGUCACGCAAGCAUCGUGAUCGCACUAACAAUAGUCACAGCCAGAGACAUCAGCAACAGAAUAAUCACGAUAUCAGUGAACAAAGCAACCAGAAUGAUUAUCAGAGAUAUCAAGGAAAUGAAACAGAGCCAAAAGAAAAGACUACUCCCAAGAUUAAUUACCCAUCUGUUGAAGUAGCUAAACUGAGGAAACUAGAAAUGACAUAUGCUGAAGCUCUCAAAACAUCAUUUAGCAGAUCUUAUUAUAACAGGAGAUAUUAGGCAGCUACUGACAAUUCAAAUACAGUGACAUAUCUUAAGUCUCAAGUAUUUUACUUAUUCCAUACAAUAUUACUUCUUGUAAAUGACUGUGGCCAAUGCGUUUUUGUUUCUGUUUUUAUGUAUAUUGAAUUUGUAAAUAAUAUUGUAUAUAUUUGUUGGUACACUCCUUAGUGUAUAAAAAGAUUCAAUGGAAAAUAUUUAUUUAGUGUGCCAAGUAAUGUUAAUAUUUUGCAAAUUUGUGUCCAUAUUAGUUAGCUUUUAUUUCAGUUUUGUUAUGUAUAUCAAAUGGUUUGAUAUGGCAGUCUGAUGAAUUCAGCAUUUUGUUAUUGUAUUUCAAAAUAUCCAAGAUGACAUCAGUGCAAGGUCUUGGACUUCAAGUAUUUACAAACUUUAUUUUUUUUUAUUUUUCCUUUAAGUCUGAAUAGAAUAAGUGUUGGCUCAUUGAAUAAUCAGUUUAGACAAUGCAAUAAUGCCUAUAGCUUUAGUUAAUGGUGGACAGUGAUUAAACACUACCAGCAAAUCAAAGAAAAGAAACUGCUUGUAACUAUAAAAUAAAAAUGCCAGCUACAGAGAACUGUACUAUUUAGCGUGCUAAAUUGGAUAGAUAUUUUGGCAUCACUUAACUUUCAUGUCCACCAACAUAAUUAACUACAAGUAAAAUACUUUGGAUAUACAAAAACUGUAUUAAUAUUAAAUGAUGUUUGCAUUUAUAGUCAACUAAGAGACUUAGCAGUACUAGAGUGCCCAUAGUCAUAUUUGAAUGGGAAGUUUUGUAAUCAUUAUAGCAGAAGCAGAACUCUAUACAUUGUGCCAAAGCCGGCAGAAUUUAUAUCUAAAUGGCCAUAUAAUACUUCAUUUAUUAGAAUAUAAAUUGGUUCCAAAUUUGAUGACAAAGAUAUGAUAUUCAAACCUAAUUACUUGUAAAGAAUGUCUAGCCUAUUAUUUUUUCAAAGUUUCUGUCUAGUCGAUUAUUAAAAAAACUUGUGCAUAUAUUUUUAAGGAAUCCUCGGUCACACUUAUGUGUUACGGAUUUUAUUUGUGUUUGUUUAAAGUGCAAUAUUAAAGGUUAAACUUAUGCCCAUCAAGCUCUAUAAACAUUGAUGUCAAAUUCAUCCAGAAAUUUUAUGUCUGGUCUAAGUGUAUGAUGAUUUGUUCUUGAAAUGGAAAAAAAAUCUUACAUGGAAAUGUGAUAAUGAAUUUGUAGGCCUGUUUACGAAUACAAGUAGGCCUGUUUACAAAUAAAUACUAUUUUAACUUGAAAAGUUUCCCUCAUCUUUUUCUCUAUCUCUGUAUCAGUGCUCUACAAAGAAAAGUUUAUUGUAAAUGUAAUUAACUACUGUGUAUGUAUGUAUUUAUUUGUUGGCAGAGCUUCCUACUUCUAUAAGACAAUUAUACAGGUUUUGGAUUUUGUUCAUAAUGUAAUGCUGGUUAUUUUACACAGGAAUCGAAAAUCUUUUGAGCAAGUGUCAUGUACAUUCAUAAUGUUAUAUCUGAUUUAACAGUUGGGUUCAAUAAAGUCCUACCCUCAAAAUAUUGCUUGGUAGCAGCCCAAAGCCUUGUAUAAUAAGAUUAAAUAGUUGUUGUCAUAUAGCUUGCCUUGAAGUUCAGGUAGCUUGUUAAGUAGGCUUUUUCUGGACAAGGAAAUAAAGUUUAGCUGGUG